AUGGCCGAAGUUGCUAAGCGGGCCAAGUCCCCCAAGGAUUUUGCCAUCGACUUCAUGAUGGGUGGUGUUUCUGCUGCGGUCGCCAAGACCUCUGCUGCCCCCAUCGAGCGUAUCAAGCUCCUCAUCCAAAACCAAGAUGAGAUGAUCAAGCAGGGUCGUCUUGCCACCCCCUACAAGGGUGUCCUUGACUGCUUCCGUCGUACCUACGCAGACGAAGGCUUGGUUUCGCUCUGGCGUGGUAACACUGCCAACGUUAUCCGUUACUUCCCCACCCAGGCCUUGAACUUUGCCUUCAAGGACUACUUCAAGAGCCUUUUCGGUUUCAAGAAGCAGGAUGGCUACUGGAAGUGGUUCGGUGGAAACGUCGCCUCUGGUGGUGCUGCUGGUGCCUCCUCUCUCCUCUUCGUUUACUCCCUCGACUACGCUCGUACCCGUCUCGCCAAUGACGCCAAGUCGGCCAAGAAGGGCGGAGGAGAGCGCCAGUUCAAUGGCUCGUCGAUGUCUAUCGCAAGACCCUUGCUUCUGACGGUAUUGCCGGUCUCUACCGUGGCUUCGUGCCUUCCGUCGUCGGUAUCAUCGUGUACCGUGGUCUCUACUUCGGUGUCUACGACUCCCUCACCCGUCGUCCUUGUCGGUGCUCUCCAGGGCUCUUUCUUCGCCUCUUUCUUGUUGGGCUGGGGUGUUACCAUUGGUGCUGGUCUCGCUUCGUACCCUCUCGAUACCAUCCGUCGUCGCAUGAUGAUGACCUCCGGCUCUGCUGUUCACUACAAGUCGAUGUUCGACGCUGGUUCUCAGAUCAUCGCCAAGGAGGGUACCAAGUCCCUCUUCAAGGGUGCUGGUGCCAACAUUCUCCGUGGUGUUGCUGGUGCUGGUGUGCUCUCCUUGUACGACAAGCUCCAGCAAGUCAUGUUCGGCAAGGUCUACUCUGGUGGAUCUGGCUAA